GAUGGAAGCCUACCUGAAGAACUACACUGCUGCAGAGAAGAUAGCCAACGUGUUCAAUGUUCUUUCGCCGGUGACGACGGUGAUUCUUGUGGUGAUGAUCUGCGCCAUCAUGACCUAUAAGAAGAAACGAGCUCGACUGGUGUAUCACAUCAAUCGGAUUCCUGGCCCAAUUAUGCUGCCCAUAGUUGGGAACGGAUUGCACGUUACGCUGGGCUGCAAAGAUGAAUUCCUCGAUCGGGUCGUUAGCGCCCAGAAGAUGUACGGACGCCGGAUCGGCAUGAGCCGAGCCUGGAACGGACCCAUCCCCUAUGUGAUGAUAUCGAAAGCCAGCGCCGUCGAGCCCAUACUGAGCAACCCGAAGCUGGUGGAGAAAAGCCUCGACUAUGACUACAUGAAACCGUGGCUCGGUAACGGUUUGCUCACAUCCCGUGCAAACGUGUGGCACCCGCGGCGCAAGACCUUGACUCCGGCGUUCCAUUUCAAAAUCCUGCUGGAUUUCGCCCACAUCUUCCACAAGCAAGCCCUGGUGCUGAACGAGAAGCUGGCCGAACAGCUAGAUAACUCCGUCGGGUUCGAUAUCGUACCGUACACCACUCUCUGCACGUUGGAUAUCUUUUGCGAAACCGCCAUGGGUUGUUCAGUGAAUGCCCAGAAAAAUUCCGACUCCGAAUACGUACGAGCUCACAAAGAGAUCGGCAAAAUCAUCCGCAAUCGUUUGCAAAAGGUCUGGUUGCGACCGGACAUCAUUUUCAGACAAACGGAAGACUACCGGAAGCAUCAGCAGUGUCUUCAGGUGCUUCAUGAUUUCUCCGAUCGAGUGGUCCGCGAGCGGAAAGCAGAAAUACUGGCCAAGCGCCGUGAGGCCGAAGAGAAAAUCGAUCUGAACAAUAAUAAUAACGAACCGGAGGAACCGAUCGAAGGCUGCCGCAAGAAGCAACUUGCCUUCCUGGACCUUCUCAUUGAAGGUUCCCUGGACGGCAAUGGCCUGACCGAUUUGGACAUUCGAGAAGAGGUGGACACCUUCGUCAUCGGCGGACACGAUACGACAGCUGCCGCCAUGGCUUGGAUCCUGCUACUGCUGGGAUCGGACCAAUCCAUCCAGGAUCGGGUAUUCGAUGAAAUCGACGGUAUCAUGAACGGUGAUCGCGACCGGAGACCCUCCAUGCAGGAACUGAACGAAAUGAAGUACCUCGAGUGUUGCAUCAAGGAAGCUCUUCGACUGUAUCCAAGCAUUCCGCUGAUUGGUCGCCGAUUGACGGAGGACGUCCAGGUUGAUGGCUACACCAUUCCGUCGGGAACGACGACCUUGAUCGUAGUAUACCAGUUGCACCGGGAUCCAACGGUCUUUCCCAAUCCGGACAAGUACAAUCCUGACAACUUCCUGCCGGAAAACUGCAGCGGACGGCAUCCGUACGCUUACAUUCCAUUCAGCGCAGGUCCACGAAACUGUAUCGGACAAAAGUUCGCUAUUCUAGAGGAGAAAACGGUCAUAUCGACCGUCCUUCGGAAAUUCCGCAUCGAGGCUGUAGAACGACGGGAAGAUGUCAAACUGCUGGGGGAUCUGGUGCUGAGACCGCGGGAUGGACUUAAAAUUAAAAUCAGCCGAAGGUUGUAGAUCCAGACAAAGAUUCCCCACCUGUUAGUUUUAAG